GCAACUGCAAAGACCUGGGGACAUUUUUUAAAAAAAAUAAAAUAAAGAUCACGUGCUCACUGAGUCAUUUCCAGGAAGGGAAACUCCCAGUGGCUGAAAACGGAGAAAGUGAAACUUAACUCGGAUCUUUGGUGCGAGGGAGGGAGCCAUGGCUGCUUUUGAGGGUCACAUCCAGCGUCUCCGUGAUGAAGCCACUUGCUCCAUCUGCCUGGAUUACUUCAAGGAUCCAGUGACCAUCCCAGAGUGUGGGCACAACUUCUGCCGAUCCUGCUUGAUCCAGUGCUGGGGGGAAUCGGAGGCAGAGGCUUCCUGCCCUCAGUGCAGAGAAAGAGUCCAGAGAAGGAGCCUCAUCCCCAACCGGCAAUUGGCUAAUGUGGCAGAAAUAGCCAAGAAUCUCAGCCUUCAGGAGGGAAAGGAGGAAGGAGGGAAAGGAGGAGUCUGUGAGAAGCACCAGGAGCCCCUGAAGCUCUUUUGCAAGGAGGAUGAAUCCCCCAUUUGUGUGGUUUGUGACAAAUCAAAGGAUCACAAACACCACGAGGUGAUUCCUGUGGAAGAGGCUUUGGAGGAAUACAAGGUAGGAGAUCCCUUGAUCUUGAGGGGGAGAAAUAGCUGUGGAUUCAUAGAAUCAUAGAAUCAUAGAGUUGGAAGAGACCACAAGGGCCAUCGAGUCCAACCCCCUGCCAAGCAGGAAACACCAUCAGAGCACUCCUGACAUAUGGUUGUCAAGCCUCUGCUUAAAGACAUCCAAAGAAGGAGACUCCACCACACUCCUUGGCAGCAAAUCCCACUGUCGAACAGCUCUUACUGUCAGGAAGUUCUUCCUAAUGUUUAGGUGGAAUCUUCUUUCUUGUAGUUUGGAUCCAUUGCUCCGUGUCCGCUUCUCUGGAGCAGCAGAAAACAACCUUUCUCCCUCCUCUAUGUGACAUCUAUCAUAUCACCCCUUAACCUCCUCCUCUCCAGGCUAAACAUGCCCAGCUCCCUUAGCCGUUCCUCAUAAGGCAUCGUUUCCAGGCCUUUGACCAUUUUGGUUGCCCUCCUCUGGACACGUUCCAGUUUGUCAGUGUCCUUCUUGAACUGUGGUGCCCAGAACUGGACACAGUACUCCAGUUGAGGUCUGACCAGAGCAGAAUACAGUGGCACUAUUACUUCCCUUGAUCUAGAUGCUAUACUCCUAUUGAUGAGGCCCAGAAUUGCAUUGGCUUUUUUUAGCUGCCGCGUCACACUGUUGGCUCAUGUCAAGUUUGUGGUCAACCAAGACUCCUAGAUCCUUUUCACAUGUACUGCUCUCAAGCCAGGUGUCCCCCAUCUUGUAUUUGUGCCUCUCAUUUUUUUUGCCCAAGUGCAAUACUUUACAUUUCUCCCUGUUAAAGGAUUCUACUUGGGAGGUUUUCUUUUUACUUCUCAGGUCCAAAGUAGGCAUGGCAUGGAUUCAUCCUUGUUUAUUAUGUAAAAAGCAGCCAAGGGGAAGCCUGAGGGCUCCUGGGAUGACUCAGAAGAAGGAGUCACAGUCUUUCUCUCUUCCAAGGGGACAAAGGGAUCUCCCUUGAUAUCCCUGAGAAGCAUCUGCAAAGACUAGGUAGAAGUCUGUAAGCAAGGGGUGACCUAACUGGGUCCCUGAGCCCCACAGGGCUGGCACAGAAAAAAGGUAGCUGGUCCAGGGAGCCAAGACCCAAAAAGGUUGAAAACCUCUGGACUUUUAUUUCCUCGAAAAAACUACUCUGCUAUUAUAGCAAGACCACUGGGCGCAAGAAGCCUGUAUAAUAUUCACCUCCUCUCUGUGUGUCUCAAUCAGACCUGAGUUUUUCCUUUUCUCUUUAGGGAGAGAUCUGUCACCGCCUGGAGAUUCUGAGGAAAGAGAGAGUGGAAAUUCUGGCCCAUCAAGCAGCCCUGGACAAGGAAUGCAAAGACCUCCUGGUAAGUGUCUCUAUUCUUGCUAGUUACAGAUAGUGAGGGAAGAAGCACUUGAAGAGUCGAGUCAGGACUGAGGAGGGAUGGGGAAAUCUGCCCAUUUCAAUUUCUCCCCAUUUCUCCUUUUUCCAUAUCAGUCUGUUUAUUAACUCUGGUUAUGCCAUGCCCCAAAGCAUGCAGGGAACAUCCAUGGCUAGAAAAAAUGCUCCUUCCUUUAGGCUGUAUCCCUCUGCAAAAUAGAAGUCAACAGAAACAGCAAUGGGGAGGGCCUCCCCUCAAAAUAAAGGUUUACUUCUUUAGCCACUGGAGGUUUAAAGUCUAUGAAAAAUCAAAAGUGUCCUCCCUGUGGAAUUCUCACUAUUCUCUUCCUGAUGUUUUGAAGGCUGAUCACCUUCCACACUCAGACCUCCUCUUUUCUUGCAGAAAUUAACAGAAACAGAGAGGCUGAAGACUAUGGAGAAGUUCAGAGAACUGCGCCACUUCCUGGAAGAACAAGAAAAACGUCUGCUGAAUGAUGUGGAAGAGGUGGAGAAGGAGAUUGCAGGGAGAAGGGAUGAGCAGCUGGCCAGACUCUCCAGGAAACUCUCCUCUCUUGAGAGGAUCAUCCAGGAGAUGGAGGAGAAGAGUCAGCAGCCAGCGAGUGAACUCCUGCAGGUAAGAUGGUGGCAGGAACAACCAGAGGAUCCAGGAAAAGGCUGCCUCCAAUCCUUCAUGUGCCGCUUUCAUGUAUGCAAGGAGUGCAGGGGCUGAGAUGAUGGAGCCUCUGGUCAGGUUUGUAAUGGACAGGAAGACCCAAGAGAACUGGGCUGCUUAACUCAACUGAAUGCAGACUAGAGAUUCGUCUGUGUUCUUGAUGGAACGGGAGUUGAUCUUCUGCUCUUUGCUGAUGCCUUGUCUCCGAACGCCUUUCAGCUGUGGGGGGCUUCAUCUAGGAUGCGUUCAGGCCUCCUUCCGACAUGAGCCAGUCUCUUGACCAAGUUUCUCUUCCCGUUCCCUCCAUGAUUUCUGGGUUGAUCCCCUUCCCCAUGGAUACAGAUCGGUCCAAAAUGGUGCUCAGUCACAGUGACCAAAGAGCAAGACAGAGGGACUCAUCCAGACUGCUGCUUGUCCCAGCCCUUUCCUCCAGGAAAACCCACUGUUUACUGCUGAAUUAGAGCAAACCUCAGCCAGGUUUUCUCCAGAUUGAUGUUUGCUUUGAUGUUGGACUAAGGAGCAGGUUUUUCCUGAGGGAAAGCGGCAGGGCAAAGGCAAAACCACUUGGACUCAUGUUUUCUGGGCACAGGAAAGAGAGAAGUGUGGGUGAGCCCAAAGAAACACUGAGCUGUUUUUUUACCCCUUUGGAGGCAUUUUAUGCUGCAGGUGCUUUUCUAAUUUCCAGGUGGAAAAUAGAAUUUGAAAUUUGGGGACUGGGCCCGUGCCCUGGCAGGAUUAUCCUGUAGGCUUACUUACAUCUGAAUUGCACAAUGCAAACUGGAUUAAAGUUAUUAUAAUCUAAGACUAGAGAUGGUGUGAAUUGUCUCUUGAACCCACAAAUGUGAAAUUUUCCUAAAAUGCUGGUGGGUUUCAUAAGGAUUUUAAACAAAAAUGGCAAACUGAUGUGGAAAUGUGGAGAUCUUGAAAUCAGAACAGUUAAUAAUUUCAGACUGGAAAAAUAAAAGCUGUGAGAAACCAAAACUGGCUGAUUCCGCCAUCCCUACCCCAAACCUUGGCAUGUGCCAGGCAGACUGACAUCUGAGGGCCAGGGUCUGAGGGGGUCUUCCCAGUGUGGCCUGUGGUGUGCAGUGAAUUCCCUUCUCUUUUCCCCUCUAGGAUGUGAGAAGGACCUUGCAGAGGUAAGUGGAUCUGGCUCAUUUCCAUUAGCAUCACUCUUUGAAGCUGAGAUGCAAGAACCUCAGACAUGGCCCUCCAGGGGCUGCAAGGGGGAGACUGUAGGACUCACUCCCUGAGGCACCUCACAGGUAAAAGUAGAGCCCCCUCUUCUGAACUUGUAGCCCCCCAAUUCUCCCUCCAAGGUUCAUGGUCAACUGCCUCCUCCCUCCCUCCCCACAUCACUUCACACAGGGAUGGGGGUUCUUUUCUUUCUCUUGCACUUUCUGUUCAUGGACUUUUUGAUAAUUGCAAACAUCUUAAGAGAAAGUGCCAGAGAUACUUGUGAAGAGCUUAGGAUAUACAAAUAGAUUUCAAUGUCCAGCUAGAAGCCCCCUAACUCUGCAAACUCAAACCCCUUUGAGGCACAGAGAGAGGGAAGGUCUGUUGGUCUAGAAUAGGUGGGUUCUUUUUCUUGGGAGCAUUUCCAACGUGAGAGGCUGAAGGUGGUCUUGAGUGGGGGGUGAAAGUCCGGUUGUUUCCUGCCUCUGGAGGGAGAAUCCCAUGGGGCAUGGAGUUGUGCCCUUCCUGGGUGAGAGAGGGGGUGAAGGGAGGGUGGAGGUUGUUUUCCUUGACCUCUUGGCAGCUUGGGACAUCACUCACAUCUUCAGGAGAAGCUCAGGGAGGGAGGGGUUGCAGGCAUUCCACCUCAGGGGUUUGGUUCUUCCGUCCUGGGACCUUCCCAGAAAGUUGUUAGGGGGCAGCGUCAUUGGAAGCCCUCCAGUGGUGUCGCUUGGGGUUACAUCUUGUCCCUUGUGCUGUUUAGCAUCCUUACGAAGCCACUGACAGCCGUCCUCAGGGGUUUUGGACUGAGGUCUCAUCUGUGGUGAAAAUAAACCUGUUGGGGGGGAAAUUCCGCUUUGUUCAUUUUAUUGAGAUCUCCUGCAAUAAUUAGGGAGAUGGGGCCAUUCAUUGUUUUUCUUUUCACCAGGUAUGAGAAAAGAGAGAGUCCAGAGAAGCCACUGGCUUUCCCUCCAGAACUGAGGAACAGGAUCUUGGAAUCCUGUGAUCUAAAUCACCUUGUGGAGGAUACAAUGAAACAAUGGGAAGGUAAUGAAUAAUGGCUCCCAGGAUUUUACACUGGGAAUUCUGAUACUUCUUCAGAACUGGACAUGCCAGGCUCUUAUUGCAUGGAAUUGAGUAACCCCAGGAUACCUUCCUUCUUGGUGCUCCAGCCUUCAUUUCCUGUCCCCCAGAAUGGCCCAUGUAUAUUGUGAUGCUGGAUCCUGUAAAGAAAGCCUGAACAAGAGUGUAGAGCAAAGUCAAGAUUUUUUCCUCCCAUGUGCAUCUGUUUACAGUUAUACGAAACCUCCUUUUCCUUGUGGUUCCCUGUCUGCACAAUCUGGGGUUGUCCUUUGGGAGGUUCUCCUGCUCUGAAUGGAGUCAAUUUAAGGAUGCCACGUUAUGAAGUGUUACUUUUGUAUGGAGAUUUAUUUCAGGUGGAAGAGUGUUGCCCUUACACUUUAUAUCUUUUUGCUUCUUCAGAUGCUGUGUUAUACAGAAAACAGCUUCAGAAAGGUAAAUUUCCAGGGGAGGAACAAUUUGACAGGAGGGAUGGGGACUGAUAUUUCAUGGGUGUUGAACCGUCUGCUCUGCAGACUUUGGGACCCCCAUCAAUGGUGUCACUCUGGGUAACAGUCCUCUACUGGCGUUUGGGUUCUUUGUCGGUCCCAUAAAUGAACUAGGAAGGGUUUGAAGGCUUGGACUUGGGGCAGAGCUUGGCCCUUAGAAGAACCUGCACACCAGUCUGAGUUCCUUUCCUGCCUAUAGACUAUUAUCCUGUUUUCUCCCUUAAUGUUAUAGAUUUUGCUUUCUUUCUUAAAAUCUAUAUACUGCUUGAUUGUGGGGGAAAGCCUCAGAGCCUUACGAUAUAUUAAAAAAGCCCUUAGGGAGGAUCCUGCAGAGUCAGUCCAAUGUCCAUCUUGUUGAGCUCUCAUGUAUAAGGAAUCUCCCUUGCAUUUUGUUUUCCCUCCACAUAAUCUGGAGAGGUUCUUUUGGGGCUUCUCUUGAUUUGCUUGCAUUUCUCCCUCGCGAAGUGUGUUAAAAGGGGCACCCGCAAGCACCCAGUCCCUCCUCCACCUCCUGCCAGGCUGGUCUCCCAGCAGCAGAGCAAGGCCUGAGCCGCCUCUUCCUCAGAGUUUCAACCUCACCAGCCCCAUUUCUCGUGCUUCAGCCAUCCCCAUCUCCUCAGAGUUCCCACAAUUCUUAUGAGAUCAGCCCCAUUCCAUGAAGGAGGACUUGCCAUUGCACGAGACCCUUAGAAUUACAUGACAAAGCUCUGCAGCUUCUUCCACUGCAAUUUGGUUUGUCAGCAUACUUGGAAAUUCCAGUUUCAACAGCUUUUCCCCACCAGUUUACUUGGGGCAGAUGUUAAACCUUUCUUCAUCCAUCCACUUCAGACCCCCAUUUCAUUUGUGGAUUUUGAAUGAUUGUAUUCCCCCAUUUUCUAGUAAGGUUUACCAUUUCUGAUUUUCCCAUGAAAUUAUGGAAUAACAGAGUUUGAAAGGAUCCCAAGGAUUAUCUAAUCCAGCCCCCUGCAAUGCAGGAAUUGCAACUAAACACGUUAGUUGUUUUAAUUCCUUAGGCCUAGUGAUAUUACAUUCUCAAGAAUAAUCUUUUGGAGAAUAUUUAACAUCACUACUUAGUCCUACAGUUGUCAUCUUUGCAUGAUUUAACCUUUUGCUUGAAAUAAGGAAACAUCAGAUGCUAUGAUAUGGUGAUGUUUUGUAAAAAAUAUUUUUGUUUUGUUUUUAGCUACUGCAUUGUAGCCUGUUAAGCCUGUCUUUUUGCUUCCUCAGAUGUUCUAUCAUUCAGAAAUCUUCAGAAAGGUAAAUUUCACAUGGAGACCCCAAUUCACAGGAGGGGGGACUAGUAUUUCAUGUGGGUCAAGAGUCUCUUGAGAACCAGUGUGGUGUAGUGGUUAAGAGUGGUAGUCUCGUAAUCUGGGGAACCGGGUUCGCGUCUCCGCUCCUCCACCUGCAGCUGCUGGGUGACCUUGGGCCAGUCACACUUCUCUGAAGUCUCUCAGCCCCACUCACAUCACAGAGUGUUUGUUGUGGGGGAGGAAAGGAAAGGAGAAUGUUAGCCGCUUUGAGACUCCUUAAAGGGAGUGAAAGGCGGGAUAUCAAAUCCAAACUCUUCUUCCUCUGUACAGCUUGACUCUAGCCCCUGCUGUUUGUAUCACAAAGGCAGAGAGGGUGGACUUGAAGAUGCAAAAGGGUGGGGGGGACUGCCCAGAAGGAUUCAUUCCUGCCUAGAGAGAGUUGGGUUGCUUUUGCAUGUGACCUUUUUCAGGACUGGUUGCUUCAUGUCCUCUUUUUCUCAGACAGGUCCUCUACUUUCAUGAUUAAAAUUUCUCUCCUGGGCGGAUUUUUAAAAUUUUAAAAUUUGGCAAAAUGUCUGAAGUUGUUUGGUUUGGUUUACAGUAACCCAUGAAAAAAAAUCUAGUGCAUUAGACUCAUAUAUAAGGCACCCAGCUAAGCUAGCCUAGAGCAGAGAAUCGCAACAGAGCAGCAUCUUCAGCUAGCCACAUCCUGUAUAAAACCCUUUUGUUGUGGCUGAACUAAAAGGACACUGGCCCAGCUACAAGAUCUUGGAGAAGGAGUCUGGGAGGGCGAGAGUUAACACCCCCCCUGCCCUUAAGGAGAGUCCAUAUGUACAUGUUUAACAGUUUAAUAAAUUGUUCUGUGCACACUUGCGUUCACAAAGAUGUGAACAUGAGCCCAAAUACUUUCAUGUGGCAAGUGAGGGAGCAAUUUGUAUUGUUAUUUUUAUUAUUAUUAAUAUUAUUAUUAUUAUUCUUUGGUUGUUGAAAGUUAAGAACAUUGCUACUAGCAGUAUAUCACAGCUUUGAAAGCCUACAUAGAGUAGGGGUAUUUAAAAUGAGUGUCGUCAUAGCGAUCCAUGGUUAAGAGUAGAAGUUGGCAAAUGUGUCCUCUUUUUGCUCUUCGAAAUACAGCAACUCUACACUUGCCUGCCAUGAAUGUCUAAGCCCCUAACUGGUAACUUUUGAGUUAUUCCUCCUCCUCCCAGGGAACUAGUCUUAUGGUAUAUGUUACAUCCAAAAGAGAAGCAUGGAAUAAGCAGUCCUUUGUAAAAUUGCCCUGCCACCUGCCUCCUCUUCCCUGGCGGCAAGGCCUAAACUUCCAAGAUGGUGGGGAGGAAGGCAAGGAGAGACCAAGUGGGUGAGAGAGAUGGAGAGCUGGAAUAAACAGGCUCCCCACUUAACGCGAUUUUCACUUGUGGGCACGAGGGCCCAGAACGUGACCCCCGUGAAAGUGAGGAGAGGCCUAUAUGUGGUUUUAUGUUGUAUUUUUAUGCUGUGAACCACCCUGAGACCUAUGGAUGAAGGGCAGUAGGCAAAUAUGAUUAUACUAUUAUUAUUAUUAUUAUUAUUAUUAUUAUUAUUAUUACAGGGGGGUCCUCAUCCCCCACCCCAACCAGAGUUCCCCAAAGGCCAAUUCCCACAGAGAUUGUCAGAGGAAAGCAGCUUCUCUCCUCUCCUGCCUCCUCCAAUUCUCCUCUCUUUCCCCUUAGAUAACACAGAAGAGAUGAGUAAAAGGGUUCCUGGGUGGUUUUUCCCCUUAGAAAAUGCCUGGGUUGAGAGGAGGGCAGGCACAAUACACAUCGAAUAUUAGAAAGUGAAGGAAACUGAUUUAAAAACCAUCAAGGAAGAUAUUUAUUCUGAGGAGUCUGCAAGGAGUCUCAGUCUAGCAUGCGAUGCAAAGAAAUCCCCUUGAUCUGAAAGGGAAUCUGGGUUUUUGGGGUGUUUUUUAUUUAUCAGGAUGUCCAUUUCUGUCUCUCAGCUGACUCUGCCUAUUCUUCUCUUUCCCUCAUCUUCUCCCCAACAGCAAAUGUCACUCUGGAUCCAGACACAGCCCAUCCUGAACUCAUCUUGUCCGAGGAUCGGAAAAGCCUGCGUAGGGGAGACAAACCUCAAGCCCUGCCUGAUAAUCCUGAGAGAUUCAGGCGCUACUCUUGUGUGUUGGGACGUGAGGGAUUCACAGCAGGCAGACAUUUCUGGGAAGUCACUGUGGAAAGUGGGGAAUUGUGGGAUGUGGGAGUUGCCAGGAAGUCUGUGGAGAGAAAGGGCUAUUUCAACUUCAGUCCUGAGGGAGGAAUCUGGGCUGUGGAGAAGUGGGGAGGGGGCUACUUGGCCUGCACCUCCCCUGAUUCCUCUCUUCUGUCCCUGUUUUGGGAGCCCAGGAGGAUCCGGGUGACUCUGGACUAUGAAGGGGGACGUGUGUCUUUUUCUGACGCUGACUCAGGAGCCGAACUCUACACGUUCUCAGGAGCCUCGUUCUCUGGAGAGACCCUCCUCCCUUUCUUUUGCCUGUGGAGAAAUGAAACCCACCUCAAGAUCUCCUGAGGAGACUAAAUCUGCCUCUCAGGCCCAGCAUUUUCCUUCCUUUUCCCAGAAUUCCCUCUGCAGCUCACCUCCUAGAGAGACAGUCACACUUUCAGGAGUCCUAAUAAAUUUUCUCACCUUCAAUCUUCUUUUCUAUUUGAGGUGUCUGAUUUGGCAGAGGACGAGACUCUCAAUCCCACGGUUGUGGGUCUGAGCCCCACGUUGGGCAAAUGUUUCCUGCACUGCAGGUGAUGAGACUAGAUGACCCUCAGGGUCCCUCACAACUCUGCAAUUCUAGGAAACCUUCCUCCCCCCACAAUAUCUUAUGCAGCUGUGAAAAUGCAUAAAUUAUUGGAUUUAUAGAUGACUAAAAAAUGAACUCCUUCACCCACGUCAGGCAGGAUAGCUCCUUGCUCUAGAGACCUCAGACAGGAAGAAAAAGAAAUUGAACAGGCCAUCAUCUUCAAAUGCCGUCUGCAAAUACAGCCUCGCCAUCUCCACCCGUUGUCAGAAGUAAACCUUAUUGCAUUUGAGUGGGGAUUCUGCCCAGUUAAAUGUGUUUUGAGUGGAUGCAUUAACGUUCCUUAUUUACAGGCUGGAUUCUGUAUAUUGGGGGCAUCAAAUGGGGUGUCCUCUGGAUAAUGCUGGACUCCAACUCCCCUCCGACUCAUCCAGCAUGGCCAGGGGUCAGAGAGGAUGGGAGUUGCAGUCCAGCAGCUUCCAGAAGGGGCCCCAUGGGCUGUGCUGCCCCAUACAUUUCGCAGGAAACCUUCCCUUUGCUCCUCAGCCCCACCUCAAAUAUACAGUGCUACCCCACAGUUGCAGAGCAACAAGCUGCAGCCCCUGGAGCGGAGACCAGGCUGGGGCGUGUCCUGUGUCCCGGGGUUGCGCAGUGUGCGGCGCAGGUCCCACGUAUCCCAGGGGAGCAGCCGUGAUGGUACCCUUUCCCUAAAUGGUACCUGGAAUGGCACACCCCCACCCCCCUUCGUACCCCGGUGCUCCCCCAAGGAGGGUCAUUUUGGCAGCAGGUGCAUUUGAUUUUUCUCCUGGGAUACUAAGAGCUAGAACAACACAUGCCUGUGGAAUUGACCUCUCUGAGAGACUGGUAGGACUCUCUCAAAGAUCUGGCAGCCUGCUCUUCUUUCCCUGCGUUUUCCACAGGGUGGUGGCACAUGAUGGAAUAAAGGCACCUUCCCCCCACCUGCCUGAGGGCUGCCUCCCCUUCCUCCAUCCCCUACAUGAUGUUGGCCUCGUUUGUGCGUCAUUUAGUAGGGAGACAACAUAAAAGUAACAUUAAAGAAAGUAACAUUAGUACAGCGACGGUGAACACAAUUAUAAUAUCUCACAGUGGCUGAGCAAUACAGCGGACUAUGCCGUGGUUUUGAGCAUCACAGGGUGCAAUGCAGGGGGGCAGACAAGUGGGGAGACUUUACUGAUAGCAAAUAUUUAUUCCCUUAUUGAUACAGAGGAAAAGAAACCUUUGUUCAACUCAAAAUUCUUAUAACACAAUCAAAAAGCAUUUGCUACUCCUUGAGAAAACAUUCAGCAACUGCAAAGACCUGGGGACAUUUUUU